CCUAACAGCUGGUUUUGCCUCCUCAGUGAGACAGAGAGUGCGUCAGUGUGAGAUUUUGAAGAAUUUCGUCGUCCAUAGGAGGCAGUAGGGUUAUUACGGUGAAUACCACCACCACCACCGCCGUGGCUGGCUGAAGAAAGAAAGUGAAUCAAUUGGAAAAAAAAAGUGCAAUGAAGGGAGGAAGAAAGAAUCUGAAGAGAGCAGCUGAGGAACAAGGCUUGACUUUACAACAAGAUCAGCGUGUUAUGCAAGUCGUAUCACUACGAGGAUCUAAUUCCAUUGAGGUAUUGGAUGCUGAUGGUAAGAAAUUGCUUGCGCUCUUUCCUGCCAAAUUUCAGAAGAGUAUGUGGAUUAAGCGAGGAAGUUUUGUCGUGGUUGACGCAGGACGGAUAGAGGAAGCUAUUGAAGCUGGUAGUAAAGUGGCUUGUAUUGUUACACAAGUUCUAUUCUAUGAACAAGUUCGUCUGCUACAGAAAUCUCCAGAAUGGCCAGAGAUCUUCAAAUUAACAAGUACAGAAGAAUCAAAUGCCCAUCCACAAAUAUCCAAUUCCCAAGCUGCUGAGGAAGAUUUGAACUCCAGCGAUGACGAAGAAGAAGAUGACGGGCUUCCCCCUUUGGAAGCCAAUACAAACAGAAAUAGACCUGCUGAGCUGGAUCCUGAACCAGAUUCAGAAACAGAAUCAGAUUAAUAUUUAAGAUUUCUAAACUAGGACAUGUAAGCUAGUGUGUUACAAUGUUCAACUGGGGCCAACAUACUUUCUCCUACAAGCAGCAAGAGUAGGCUGGAGUAGUCUGCAAUGCACUUCCCAUACAGUCGGGUUGCCGCUUACACUCCAGUGUGCUUUCUAGAAAUUUUUGGUAGUCUGUUGUAUGGAUUUUAGCAUCCGCAGGCCUUUUUUUUCCUUUUUGUCUUCAACUAUGUUAAACAUGGAGAAAUAUUCCUAGUGUCCAAUGCUGUGUUCUCAAAAUUGAUAAAAUGUACAGUCUGCAGACUGAGUGGUCAUUUGUGAAUCCUAAAUUACAAGUAUAUUGAAUAAUGUUGUGUUUCU